AUGACGCUAAAGGACCCCAGGAAAGCGAUGGAGAGGUUAUCUACAGUGGCUGGAGUGUUGAGCAAACAUGUGGAGCAGAGAAACCUGUUUGCACAGCGGGCAUGCUGCAAAAGACAGAGCCACUUUGUGUACAUUGGCCAAGACAUCUCUGGGAGUCCUGUCAGUGUGGAUGUGGGGAUGUGUCGGUCACACUGUGGCGCUGCAGCCAGAGCAGCCAAAGAAACGGGACAGCAAGAAUACACGAAACACUCUUCCAUGCUGGAAUUUCUCAGGAGCAAAAAGGCGAGAGCGCAUGGACCCCCGGAGUCAGACCGCGGGGCCGCACCGGGCCGCGCGCCGUCCUGCGGAGCAGCUCAAGUGUGUGAACCGACCGGGAUGCGUGUGGAGCGGCUGCUCCUGUUCGAGGGGCCGCGGGACGUGGAAGUCAUCCAGGAGUGCCACUGCGAGACCCAGCUGAGCCAGUGUGUGCGGGUGCCCUCUCUCAGGACCUACUUCUUUGAGACGCCCUAUGAGACCGUCAUAGAUGUGGGAGGCUGCUCCGUGUCCAAGGGCGCCCCAGAGGGAUUCUCCUGUGCCCCUACCAAGUUCGAGUCGGCCCUGGUGGAGACGCCUAACAAAGUGGACCUCAUCCAGACGGUGGCAGCCUGUGAGUUGAAGGAAAGUUGCUACCGGGUUCCUUACGUGGAGCACUACUAUGAAAUAGUCAACCACGCCGAUGGCAUAAGAGAAGAGAGACUUAAGGAAAUAGAUGUGGGCAGAUGUUUGGGAGAGUGUACCACAGGAAACCAAUGCCUUCUCAGGAGCCCUUCAGAUCCAGAGAUAUGCCACUUGUGGGCUCACAGACCGACCCACUCCUGUGUCCCUCAGGGCUACGAGAGCCACACAUUCCUCAACCAGCAUGGGCACAUUCGCACCAUUCUCUCCAUCACUUCCUGUCUGUGUCAGAGCUGA